GUUGGUACAGUUGUCCUUGAAGUAACGAAGAGAAUAGUUAAUAACUAAAUCCAGCGUUUAAUUUAAACUCUCACAUACGAUAAAACUCAUGGGUCACGGGAGCUAUAAUUCCAUACCGCAUCAAGUAUAUACAUACAUAUUUAGCGACCCUGAUAACGUGUCCACCUGGGAAAAAAUAUUCAACAGUGGACAGUAAAAUAUUUGCAUAUGUACACAAAAAAAGUGUCAAUUGCCACAUUCCAGUAAUAUCAAUUGACUUUGCCCAUCAAUCAUUAGGUUGGUUAUCCAUUAAGCUUUUUUUAAUGAGGGGAAGCUCGCAGCUGAAAAUAAUGUUUAGAAUUAUGGAUCGUUAAAAUAAAAUGGCAUAAAAUUUAAAUACAUUGCAGCCGAGUUGAGAUCUUUAAUUAUAUCGUUCGUUAAAACUCUCUCUCCGCUCUCUAAUAAUGCUCAGGCGAUCGUCCUAAACCGUGUUCAGACCGCUUCUAAUGACGACUUAAACUUCCGCACUUGAUCGGCUCAACAAUUUUCGAGUUAAAAGUGGCGUUUUAAAUUUGAGGUAUUCCAGGCUGGACAAUAAGUGUGAGUGAGUGAGUGAGUGCUGUUCGUUCUGAAUAUGAAAUACUGUGAAAAGUUGACAUUGUGCAGUGUAAAAUUUUAUAUGAAUUUUCUUACUUUGUAAAGUUUUUCAUGAGUUUUUUGGAUUUUGUUGUUUGAGUGAUGCAAUCGAUCGUAUUGUGUCAUUAAUUAGUUUUCUACCUUGAGCACUUCUUGGGUGCAAUUGCAGUGCAAAAAUUUGAUAGAAGAAAACAGGAGGAGUUUGGAGGAGGACAGGGAGCAGACUUCUCUCGACCAGGAGACCGCGAUGCCAUAAAUAAUCGGAUGACUACCGAGUCGCAUUAUUCUUCUUAUCGGUGCCUUUCCUCGAGAAGUGAACGAGUCGGGAUCAACAAGUGAGAAUGGACCCCGAGCUCUAGACCAGCAUCAACCACCACCUGCACCACCUGCAACCUUGUCCACACCGUCCGCCCUUCCCCAGAGAUGAGCGACUCGGACGGAGACGAGGACCCAUUCUACGAUGCCGUGGAGUACUUGGCCAAAGCGGGGCCGAUGGACUUGGGGACGGGGAUUGAGGAGUCCAAACUGGCCAUCAGCCUCUUCAUGAACAACAGAUUUGCAGAGGCGAGAGCGCUACUAAAGCCAUGGGCGGACGAAUCAAUGUAUCACGCGUUGGGUUACGGCGUUUUCGAAUUUUUAGAAGCUGUCCUCACCUUUGAGCAGCAACACAUCGAGUCCGCGGCGGAGACGUUGGAGCAGUCGGUGCAGGUCUGUAACAAGUUUCGGAAGAAGAACUCGAUGUACGAGUCGCUGGGGAAGAUUGUUCGCCGGCCAAAUUACGACGCUCUGACAGAAGAGGAGAUUCACGCCGAGCUGUGUUACGCCGAGUGCCUCCUGCUAAGGGCCGUCCUAACUUUCAUAGAGGAUGAAAAUCUCAUUAGUUUCGUCAAAGGAGGACUCCGAAUGCGAUCAUGUCUUAAAUGUUAUAGAGAAUGUUGGAACAUUCUACGCUACCGGAAUUGGGACGGAUCCUUGCACAAAGACCAUUUCGAAAGUGGUGUUAGGAUGGGAGUGGGAGCGUAUAAUCUGCUAAUAUCCAUGCUACCUGCGAAAAUUAUGAAACUUUUAGAGUUCAUUGGAUUUUCUGGAAAUCGGGACGACAUCAAGGAGACGGGGCUGGGGCAGCUGCACUUGGGUUGUGACCUGGCUGGAUCCUUGCGCCAAAUCCUGUGUAGCAUGGUCCUCCUCGGCUUCCACUUGUUUGUCAGCUAUGUCCUCGGCUAUGGCGAUGGCGACCUCGUUCUCGCCGAAAGACUUAUCAAUCAGCAGCUCUCGAGUUUUCCUGACGGCGUGUGGUACAACUUUUUCAAAGGGAGGUUGGAGUACGUCAAGGGGAAUGUGAAUCCAGCGAUUGAGUGGUACUCGAGGGCCUGGCAGUCACAAAGCGAAUGGGUCCAAUUUCACCAUCUCUGCUACUGGGAGCUCAUGUGGGCCAAUUGCUUUAAACAAGACUGGAUCUCAUCUCGGGACUUUGCUGAUCUGCUGUUACACGAGAGCCGGUGGUCUCGUACGAUUUACGGCUACCAGAAAGCCUCCUUCAUGUGCAUGAUGUCGGAAAAGUUGGGUCGCUUCGAGACCGCCGAACUCCUCCAGUUGUUCAAGGAUAUUCCUGGCUGGAAGCAGCGGAUUGCGGGCAAGUCGAUUCCUAUGGAGAAAUUCGCCGUCAAGAAAUGUGAGCGAUUCUUUGCUCAAGGAAACAAAUUAAUUCUCCCGGCCGUGGAGCUCCUCUAUUUGUGGAACGGCUUCAAAGUUCUUGGCAAACAAGGGGACUUGGUCCGGCCGCUGCUCGCCCUCGUCGAGAGGCAUGUCAGAGACCUCGCGAGAGAAAAAGAUGGCGGUGGGGGUUUUUACGUGGACAACUUGUGCCUCCUGCUCCUCCUGCGGGGCAUGUGUUUGCGCUACUUGGACCGCGUGGGUGAAGCAGAAGCGGAUUUUCUGGGGGUCAUCGCGUACGAGAAGCAACUCCUCCACGACGCCUACCUCGUCCCGUACUCCACGUAUGAACUCGCCAUGUCGUACUGGUCCCAGGGCAACACCCAAGGGGCAGAAGUCACCUUGGAAAACGCCAAAAAUAAUUACAAAGGAUACGCGCUCGAGUCUCGGCUCCAUUUCCGCAUCCACUCCGCCCUCUCUGAACUCCGCGCCAGCCGAUCGGUGGGACAGGCUGGAGGGACGACGUCCAACGGGCGAAAGACUUCGGUCCCCUUCCUUUGAGGGGAACAGGCCUCAUCUAAAUUAUGCUCAUGUAGAGAGCGACCCUGCACACCGGGUGGCAGGGAUUUUGUCUCCACCGAAUCCCUACUCUCCAUUUCAGCAACCUCUCUAUUUCAGCACUUUUAAACUCUCCAGCAUCCCAGAAAUCUUAUAUCAAACAGAAAAGACAUUCAGAUAACUACGCAACGACGCAAUAAUAAACUGUGAGUACACUUCUUGGCAAAGUUUAAAGAUUCUAUUUUACGGGUUGUUUUGCGAUGCGAGUCGUAUGGCAUUAUUGCAACAGUGUUUAGCUCGAGCUGGGUAAUAAUGAUGUCAUCUAUUACUACUGCUAUUUGAAUUUGUAAAUGCUCUGCUCCGAUAUGGGGCGUGCACAUGGUGCGUGCCUUGGUGGACAAAAUAGAGAUUUCUACACUUACAAAUUGUGGUAGUACAUACGUACUCUCUUACACCAUAUUAAACCAUACGUAUAUUAGAGAUGAACCUGCUGGCUUGGUGGUCGUGGUCGUAAACCCCAUUGGGCAUAAAUUGGCACGAAAUACGGCAAAAUUUUAAUUUGUUCUCCAUCCAGGCCAAAUCAUGAUCCAGUCGACGAAUAACUAAACCUUUUCGGAAAUAGUUACUUGAACUUGGUAAAGCCACGUGGGCGACGGGAUUUUUUGUCCGUACGGUGUGGAUGGACCUUGACAUGUACAUACUUAGAGUCAAACUGGUCUCGAGGCAGGCUGUUUUGCCCAUGCAUAAAAGCCCGUCAGUAUUUCGUGGAAAGUGAAACGACCAUCAUUCCAACAGAGCCAAACGAGACCUCGUUACUUUCGCAAAAUAAAUGUAUCCACCACGACUUUACUCUCUCCUUCGGACCCUGCGGAAAGAAUGACUUCAGGCCCCUCAAGUCGUCGUACGUUAGUUCGAGCGUUGGGUGACCCUUUAGUGGGUCAAAAUUCACGAAAAUUGGUCACACAAUUUAUGCCGGGUCACUCGAGAGAUAAGCUUUAUGCUUAAAGCCUAGACUUCAACUACGAGGCAGGGUUCCGGAAAUGCGUUUUUUUAGAUACAGAAAUUGUAUAAUUUUACACCAUAUUUUUUAAAUUUGGACAAAACUAUUGAUAUGACAGACAGAUAUGUGACAUGAAAAACAAGCUUUGCAAGCUUUGUCGAAAAAAAUAAGCCCAAUUUUGGGCUGAUUUUGUUUUUCGAUUUUGGCUCAGGAUAGCUCAUAAAAUUUGUACGGUUACAAAGUCGGCGUUAGACCGUGUGAAUACCUAGAAACCCUCUGGUGCUGCAUAAAGUACACAAAUUAGUCGUUUGGCCAGUGAUGUAGCAAAUAUGCAUUCCUAUAUUUUUCUGUGUUGUAAGCGUAUAUUUUAUUGAAAAAGAAAAUGUCUAUGUAUCGUCGCGGAUUUGAUAAAAAUGGAAAAUUCCUUUAUAUUUUAAGCUCAAGAAAAAACUACUAAACGUAUAAUAAGACAGACUACGUGUUUUCUCUAAUUAGUAAAAAUGAAUGAAAAAUAAAGAAAUGUACAAGAAAUCAUGA